GUUGCGCGAAAGGGAAUGCGUAUCACAAAGAGUUGGGACAGGGAGGGGAGAAACUCCUGCCCGGAAUGUAGAGAGCAGUUUACAGACCGCACCCUCAGGGUGAGUCGGGCCUUGGCGAGACUGCCUGAGAAAGCUCGAACACUGAGCCUGAAUCGGACAGAGAAGGAAAGUAAACUUCAGUGCGAGGAACAUAAGGAAGAACUGAAGCUGUUUUGUGAAACGGACAAGAAGCUGAUCUGCCUGGUUUGUGCAGCCGGGCGAGAACACAAGUCUCACAACUUCAUGCCGGUUAAAGAAGCUGUUCAAAUAUACAAGUAUCAGGUGAAAUCUUCCAUCCAGUCGCUCACAAAAAAGAAAUCAGGGAUCCAGCGAAUGGAGCAGCAACAGAAACAGAAGAUUUCUGGAGUUCUGGUGAGGCUUUCCAGUUUCGAUUUCCUGAUCUUGUGUAGAUUUGAUCCCUGUGAUGCGUGUAAUAAUAGGGCAGCGCAGUAACACAAGUAGUGCUGCUGUCUCCUAGUUCUGGUGAGCAUUUCGACAAACUAUUGAAUUGCUAAUGCAAGUAAAAAAUGUACCGGGCAAAUGUCACGGUCAAAGUCGUGAGGAAACAUAAUCAGUGACAUUAUAUGUUGAUCUUCACCUUUCAUUUUACAGUCACACAACCUUACA